AGUCAACUUUCAAAGAGUUAGAAAAUGCAGACCUGUGUUAGCUAGUGUUAUCUAUGGACAUAUACGUACACAUAAACCAUCGAAUUUAAGAUCUUGCACUCGAUAUACCAUUCACAAAUUUGUUUUUGAUUACUAAACAUUCGAAAGCAUCUACCGCAUCGAACCGAUUUGAGUUGAUUCCUUUAAAAACUGCACAUAUGCGAUAAAGGUUGAAUUUGACGUUGUUAACCGUUUACUUUUGCGCCUUGUGCAGCUGUUGAUGUCAAAGUGCACGUGGAUAUUUCAUAUUAAUCUACUAAGUUUUAAUGUGUUUAAUGUUGUCAAACCCCUAAUAUUAAAAAGUAAAAAUGUCCAAACCUACAGAGACUAUACAAGCUGAAGAAUCAAAUAGUUCAAGUACCCCUUUAAGAAGAUCAUGUCGUAUUGUAGCUGUAAGCUCUCCUGCGAUUUCGGAAUCGAAGCCCAUUAAAGGAAGACGUCUUUCAUCUAACAUGGACAAAGAUGUUGAAGUUGAUCAGAAAGUCAAAAGAAAAACAGCAUCAGAUUUAUCAAAGGAAAAUAUCGAAAAAAAUGAACCAGCAAAAACUAGAACUCGCAGACAAUCUAAUUCCAGUGAUAAUUCUACCAAAGGAGACGACAAUAAAAAUACAACAAAAACCAAAAAUUCCCAAUUAAUUGAAGAUGCACCUCAAGAUACUCCAAAACCUGUGAGGAAACGUAGAAGCUCGGCAACUAAUGAAGAAGUAACUCCUAAACCAGUUAGAGGACGCCGGAGCUCAGCUACUAGUGAAGAAGACAAAAAUAAAUUAAAAAAAACCAAAAGCUCACUACAAGAUGAUAAGGAACAACUAACGCCUGUAAUGAAAACGAGAGGAAAAAUUGAUUUGAAACAAGAAGAAGCAGUUGAACAACAAAGAAAUGUGCGUAGUCGCCGAUCUGCUUCGAGGGAUUUAUCUGAAGAAAAUGUGGAAACAAAAAGAGUAACUAGAAGUCGCAGAUCGUCUACAGACAUGUCUGAUGAAAUACCUACCAAUACCCCAAUUAAAUCCAAACAAUCAGUUUCCGUAAUUAUAAACUCACCUAUUUCGGAAAAUAUCAAUAAAGAAAAUGAACAAGAAAUUGAGAGUUCAUCCGGAACUGAUGUUAAUAAAAAAGAAAUUGAUAAAACAAACUUAGAACUCAGUACAAUUUUUGAAACUAGUUUUUCUGAAGACGAAACAACUACAAUAUCAAAGGCUUCACCAAGGUCAAAAAAAGGAAGUUCCUCAAAAGAAAAUGAAACAGAUGAAAAAAAUAAGUUAACUGAACAUUCACCUAAAAAUAAGAUACUAUUUAUACACCUAAGUGAUGAAGGAAAACAAAUUAGUGACAAUACAGUACCUCGAAAAUCUCCUAGACUUCAAGAAAAACUUCAAAAGUGUCAGUCUGGAGAUCACUCACCUCAUAGAAAGUGUUCUUGCACAGAAGACCAACAAGUCAAAUCUGAAGUCACAGUUAGUCCAAAACUUCGAUCGACUGAAAAAAGCUCCCAAGAUAUUGACAAGAAAGUUAAUGAAAUUCAAUUAGAUGGUAUUGUUUUGAAGCAACCUGUAAUUCAAGUAGAAAAAACAAACAUCGAGUUAAGAAACAAUGAAUCUAUGGAAAGUAAAACAAUAACAAUUACAAGUGAUUCCAACAAUAAGGAAAAUAUGAACGAUCCAAAUAAAAAUCCAGAUAAUACCAGAUCGCAAACAGUUAAUCGUGUAUCAAAUGUAUUUCGUCCAAAAGAUAUAAAUUACAGUUUUAUUGAACCUAUGGAAGUAGAUACUACAAUUAAUUUAAAUAUUUCCAGAUUUGAACAAAGUAUUGUUGAAAAAAAUCGAGAAUCGGAUGCUAACGAGACAGUCAAUAAAACAUUUACUUCAAAUUUGAGUGCUACUUAUAUAGAAAUUUCUGAGGAUGAUUUAGUAACUGAGAAACCCGAAACUAACAAUGAAAAUUUAGAUUCUGCUUCUGGACAACUCGAAUCUGAUUUAGUAUCUACUACAACCCCAACAAAGUUGGUAGAAAAUGAAAAUAUAACAAGUAAAGAAGGAAAAACUGAAGAUGAAACAAUAGAAAAAGAACCUGGAAUAAGUAAACGUCCAGAAGAUUUAGAAAAACUUACAGAAAAUAGAGAAAAUGAAAUUAUAAGCUCAGAAGAUUCAGAAAAAAAUACAGAAAAAGAUAAAACAAAAAAUAUGACGAAAUUAGAUGAAGCAGGAACUGAAACAUAUGAGGGUUCAGUAGAUUCAGAAACAAUGGAUAAAGAUUCAAGUAAAUCUCCAGAAGGAUCCGAAGAAAUGAAAAGAAAGGAUAAAACCGAAACAGAAACAAAUAACUGCUCAGAGGAAGUAACAGAUGAAGAAAAACCAACAGAAUCUAGUGAUAAAUUGAAUGAAAUUAAAGAUAUAUCUGAUGAUUAUGAAUUUAACCUUUUAUCGGAUGGGGAUAAUGAUCCUGACACAGAAGCUAACGACCAGGAUUCGAACAGACUGAAAGAAAAUGAAAUCAAUUUGGAAAAAUCAAAAGAUGAGGUAAAAGGGCCUAACAAAAAUAUAGAAAAAAUAAAUAAUGAACAAGGAACUAAAGAUCAUAGUGAUUUAGAAGAACUAAUGAUAUGCGAAGAAGAUGAUACAUCUGGAAGAAAAAGUAUUGAUAGGUCAAAAAAUAAAGAUGAUGAAGAAAGUACUUACAUACAAUCCGAUAAUAAUGAAAACUUUGAAAAAAAAUAUGAGAAACUGGAUUCUCAAGAUCAAACCAAUCUGGUCAGUGAAGAUGAUUCUGAUGAAGAAAUUGACAUCAUAUCUAUAAGAACUGAUAGUUCCUUCAAUCAAUGUAUUGAAGAAUCAAAAAUUCAUGUUGAAAAAUUAAAUAGAACUGAUGGGGAAGUAGACGUUUCCAUUGAGGAAGCACAAAGCGUUGAAACCCCAGAAGAAAAUGCUAAGGAAGUCAUUAGUUUGGAAUCUGCAAAUAACUCUGAUUCCGAAGAUUUAAAAAAAGAAAAUAAUAAAAUCAAUGAAGUUGUAACUGAACAUAGAGAAGUAAAUAUGGAUGAUGAAAUUAAGAAAUCUAGUAAUAAUAUUUCUGUAAAAGAAUCUGAAGAUGUUAUGGAAUCUAGCACAAAUCCGAAAGUUCAUGCUGAAGACAAUGAUAAAACUGUCGAGGCAGAAGAGAAACAUGAUGAAGUCCAAUACACAAACAAAGAAACUGAAGAAUUGAUUACUGAUGCCAAUGAAGAAAUCCAAAUUGAUGAUAGUGCUGUACACAACUGCCAUAAACUAGAAAUUGAAAAAUUACAAGUCAAGGAAUCAACUAAUUCUAAUACAAAUAAAAUGGAAAAUAGCUACAACCCUCUUUCUGGGGAUGAGGACGUUGAAAAAUCAGAUAGUGGAGCAAACAUAGGUAAAGAAAUAGAUGAAAAUGAUGAAGAAGUUAAUGUUGAAAAUAUAGAUGAUGAAUCUAAAAGUAAUAAAGAUGUUGAUACAAAUGAAAUAAAUGAUGAUGAAAUGAAAAAUCCUGAAGUUGAUGAUGGGAAAACUGGUGUUGAAAAAUCCAUUACUGACGCCAAUAAACCAAUUAAUAAUGCCACUAUAGAUAAAAAUGAAAAACUUGAAAAUGAAAUUAAAGACCAACAAAAUGAACAGACUGAAGAAUCUGUUCAAAUGGAAGAUAUUUCUAUAAAAUUAAAUGAACAUAUUGACAUGGAGAAUAGUUUUCAAGAUGUUGUUCAAGAUGAAGACACCAAACCAGAAAUCGAGAAAAAACCAAUGGAACAUCCUCAAACUAGUAAAAACAGAAGACAAUCUGAAAAUGUCAAAGACUUUGAUUCAAAUGAUAGUUUCCGGAAGCUUGAAAAUAGUGGUAUUGAAGGAAAAUGCGAUUCCCCUGCAUUAGGGAAUGAUACUAGUAAAGAUGAUGUUACAGAAUCAGGAAUAGAAGAUGAGAUAUUAACAAAAAAUUCACGGUCUAGUAAAAAAUUGAAACGCAAAAAUAAAACAGAAGAAAACGAAAAUCAGGAAGACAUAAAAUCAAAGGAAUCAGAGAAAAAUAUUUCAAAGACAAAACAGAAAAAGAUGAAAAAUAUUUCAAUCGAGAAAGGUGAGAAUUUCACCAUAAUCCAAUGUGUCGCUGAUAGUGAACAAUCAAAAACUCUAGAAGAUAUUCUUGGAGGAGAAAGAGAAAGUGAAAAGACCAAAGAUGCAGGUAAAAAAUUUAAAAAACGUUCAACCGACGAAGAUACUAGCUCAAAUGAAUCAUAUCAAAAAUUAGAAGACAUUAUAUACAGUACUAGUCCGAAAUCUUCAAACUUUUCAUUAAAUAAAUGGUUCGGGACUAAAGAAGAUAAAACUGAAGAACUUGAAACUACAAACAAUGAUUCAUCCCCUAAAAUUAAAAAGAUCAAAACUAAAAGUAUUGAUUGCGGCGUUGCUCUGAGUUCGGAAGAUGUACAGAAGAUCCAGAAAAAAGGAAACAAAUCGCCAGGUACUAUACCCAUAUCAACUUCAAAAACUAAUCGAUUAAAUGAGUUUUUGGAUAAAAAGAUGGAAGAAUUUGAUGCAGAAGAGACUGAUGAUUCUGAAGACUCCAAUCAGGAAAGUCUAGAAGAAGAAAACAGCUUUAUAGAUGACAUGGCCGAAGAAGGUGAAGAAGACACUCCUUCAGAAGAUAGUAAUGCAAUUAUAGAUGAGGGAGAAUCUAUCAACUCAAAUUCUGAAAGAUCGGAAGAGGACGAUUAUGAAAGCGAUUCUUCUUUCAUAUGCAAUGAUGAAUAUAAUGAGCUACUUCCAGGAGACGAAUACGAUUUAGAUGAUAGCAAAACAAAGAAAAAAUCACGCAUUAUAAAUGUAGAAGAUAGUAAUGAUGAUGUUAUUAAAAUCAAUAGAAAACCGAAACCAGAACCAAAAAAGCGAAAGACUAGAAUUAUCAAAAUGGAAAGCUCCUCUGAAAGCGAAGAAGUAGUUGAUAUAACAAGCAAUAAUGAAAACAAAAGUGACACUUUGAAACGAUUAUCGAUAGAUAAAGAUAGAAAAAGUAGUAGAAAGUCUUCAAUAACCAUCAUAGAAGAUAUAAAAGUCAAUGAAAUUAAAGAUGCUGUUCUAAGCAAUCGAAUUAACCAACUUGUAGACACUUUUUGUACAACUAUACCUAAAAAAGGAGGCGUCUCAAUGAAUUUAUCUCUAGAAUAUGCUGGUCAUAGUUCUCCUGAAACACCACAAAAAUCUAAGAAACUCAAAUUUCAUAAAAAUAGGGCCGAGAUGAAAGAAUCACGAUUAAGCGUCAGUUUGAAUGAAAAUAUGGAAGAAUCGAAAAAUACUCAUAUGAAUAACUUGAGCUUAGAUAAAAUUGCAUCCGAAAAACCAAAGAAAAAGUCUAGAGGUAAGAAGAGGAAGUCCAGUGACGAAGAACAAAUAGUGCCUUGUAAAGAACUACGAUUAACUACAAGUCCUAAGGAAAAAGUUAAUGAAGAACAAUUGCAAAAUGAGAGUUCAAUUGAUGCAAAAGAAACUCCUUCUGAUCAAUUAAAAACAACAAAGAAAGUAAAGGGCAAAAAAAGGAAAUCCACCACUGAGAUACAAACUGUUAGUCCAAAUGAAAAUGAGAAUGUUAAUGUGGAAGCUAAAAAGAAAAAGCCAAAGAAGAAUCAUAAACCGAACACAACAGAAGAUAAAAUUACUCCAUGUACUAAUAAUCCAGAUCUUCAAAGUAAAACGUUCAGUUUAUUAAACCAAUUAGUAACAGAUGUGAAAAAUAGAUCGAGAAGAAUGAUGAGACCGUCUACAAUACAAGAUACAGAUGAAAAUUGGUGCGUAGAAAACAAUGUUAAAGUGAAACCUUCCACUAGCACUGUAACGGAAAAAGAAAAGGAAACAUUCAAGAAACAAAAAUUCCACCCCAAAGAUUUCAGAAAUCAAAUGUUGUACAAUUCUAAUAGAGUAAAUAGAGUGGAAACUAAAAAAAUAUUACAAAAAAAGGGGGUUUAUUAUUAGAUUUUAUGUGUUUUGUUCAAUGCUUAUCGAGUUAGACUGUUAUAUGUUAUAACUGCAUUGUUUUGUAAUUCUUUGAAAUAAAUUAUUUUUUGAUUA